UUUCUAUCCAAAACGAGAGAGGACCAGUCAUUUGGGGCUAUGCCAGACUCUCUAAGUGUUGAUUAUGAGUUGAGUCUCUGUCUGGGUUCAACGGGUCCAUUGUGACACUAACUUAGUCAGAUGGUCAAACUAACUGUUUGGCCAUCCAAGAUGUUUAGAGAUAGAAGACUGAGUUAACAUAAUCCAGUCCUUUUUCUCUGAUAUUACAUGACCUUGAAGAGAACGCAAGACACCCGUAUCCACACCUAACCAACAUCAGACCUCUUAGAAGUGCAUAACUUGUGGUGAAAUGUCAUGCACUGUGGGUUGUAUGUAAACCUCAGUUGUUUUCUUGACCUUGUGCGUGCUCAUCUGAACAGGUGUAGAAGUCCCCCAGCAGAUUGAGAUGACAAGAGAGGAAACCAUGCUGAACAGUCUUUGCCCCUCCCUCCCUCACUGAAGGAACUGUUACGAUCUGCAAGAAGUGACGUCCCCCCUUGAUCUGGUCUCCAGUCCUGUUCUCCAGACUGCAGAGUCUGGGUGACACACACAGACACAGGAUGGAACACGAAGUUGGGUAUCUGCUGCUGGCUGGCUUGAUGCUGGGAACUUGCAUCGUGGCUGAAUCAUCUCGUGAGGUCGUGGCGGAAUCAUCUGUUGAGGUCGAGCCCGACAACACAUUCCCUUUCCCAGCCCCAGCCCUUAGUUCUAACGGCAGCCAAUCCAGAGAACUAGGAAACCUGCCUGUGCUCCAGCCUUCCGAGUCAGUCCCCACCACGGGCACCUUCACCCUGAAGGACCCCAGGGGAAACCUCUGUCUGAAAGUGACCAUGGGAGUGGAGUACAUCGUCAUAGAGAAGAAGAAACCUUCCUACUUUAACUUGGAUCCCAAGACCAUCCUGGCCAGUGGUUUCUGUACCACAGAGUCAGCUGUGCUCUCGCUUGGCUUCUCUGGCAAUGGGGGGAGCCUUACCCUCACCUUCAAAAAGGAAGGAAGCAUGGCCUAUGUGAGUGGUCUGAACGCUCACAUAACACCUGAACCCUGCAAAGGCUGCCCCAGGAAGGACUAUCCUGGUGUUAUGGCCAAUGAGAAGCUGUUCCUGGCUCCUUCUGGGAAGAGCUUCAAGUGUAACUCCCAGACUUACUUAGUGAUGGCAGAAGAGCUGAAGUUGAAGAUACAACCUCUCCAGGUCCAGGCAUUCAGCAUCCCCAAGGGCGGCACGUUUGGAGAAGUGGUGGAGUGCUGGGCGGACUUCAACAAGCGGGUCAUUCCCAUCAUCGUUGGGGCCGUGGUGGUUGGUCUGCUGCUAAUCGCUGUAAUCACCUUCCUGGUCAUUCGAGACCGCCGCAGGCAGGGGUACGAGAGGCUGGGAUCUUAGCUUAAGGGCUAUCACUCUCGGCCAAGUGACACAGUUCACAGGCAAACAAUCGGUUUUUGUAUUAGCCUAUUCAAACGCAUUAUUACACAUGAUUUUAAAUAUGUAAUUGGAUUUAUGCUUCGUUGCCUGUUGCAGCUAGGAUUGCAUCCGAAAUGCAUUACCAUCUUGAAAUGAAAGUAACAGUGCUCUAAAUGAUCAAAUAAAGAUUUGUCAGUAAUUAUUAAAA